CUCCAUGGCGGCCGAGCCUCCUCUGCCUCCCGCGGCCGGCAACAGCCUCUCGGCCGCCUUCGUCACCUGCCCCAACGAGACGGUGGCCAAGGACCUCGCCAGGGCCCUGGUGGAGCAGCGGCUGGCGGCCUGCGUGAACGUCCUGCCCGGCGUCACCUCCAUCUACCGGUGGAAGGGCGCCGUCGAGGAAGACGCGGAGGUGCUGCUGAUGAUCAAAACACGCAGCUCCCGGGUCUCGGCGCUGGCAGAGUAUGUCCGAUCUGUGCACCCCUACGAAGUGGCCGAGGUGAUCGCCCUCCCCAUCCAGCAGGGAAACCCCCCGUACUUGCGGUGGGUGGAAGAGACCGUGCCCCCCGAAUGAGGGGGGGCCCUUGAGCAGCCUGUGUCCCCAAUAAAGCCCCACCCAGGCCUGAGGGGGAGGCCCAGGCCACGAGG